AUGCAUGGACCAGCUAUUGUAGAGGACCUGGACGACUAUCUGGAUGUUCUCGGACAACAGCCAUUACUCAACAUAUACACUCAGAUAUGCUUUUGCUUUCCCGUGGCCGAUGCUUCCUCAAACUCAGCAAUCAUCAACACGUUGACGAAUGGUCUCGAGCGACUGUCCGCGAGCUUUCCAUGGCUGGCAGGCCAGGUCGUCAACGAAGGUGCAGGCGAAGGCAAUUCAGGCGUCUUCAAGAUCAAACCGUUGGAGAAAAUUCCUCGUCUGGUCGUGAAAGAUCUCCGACAUGAUCCCUCCAUACCAACAAUGGACGCCCUCAGACGAGCCAACUUCCCCUUCAGCAUGCUAGACGAGAUCAUCCUUGCCCCUCGCAAAACCCUCCCAGGAAACGAAUCCGCAGCAGACGCAGCGCCGGUCUUCCUCCUCCAAGCCAGUUUCAUCACCGGUGGCCUCCUGCUCACCUUCGUCGGCCAGCACAACGCCAUGGACAUGACUGGCCAAGGCCAGAUCAUCCAUCUCUUCUCCAAAGCGUGCCGCAAUGAACCAUUCACCAGCGACGAACUGUCAUCCGGCAACCUUGCCCGCCAUAACCUCAUCCCCUUGCUCGACGACUCGUACAAACCAGGCUCCGAGCUCGCUCGUCAGAUGGUGAAACCAUCUCCAUCUCAUCCAGCACCAGCUCCCCCUCCCAAAUGCACCUGGGCCUACUUCACCUUCCCCCCCACCUCGCUCGCCGCUCUAAAAUCACUCGCCACAGAAACCAUCACCCUGCCCUCAGGAGGCUACAUCUCCACCGACGACGCCCUCAGCGCCUUUAUCUGGCAAUCCGUCAUCCGCGCCCGCCUCCCCCGCUUAGAUCCCACAGCGGAGUCAACAUUCGCCCGCGCUGUCGAUGUACGGCGUUAUCUGGGUAUUCCACAGACGUACCCGGGACUUGUGCAGAAUAUGACGUAUCAUACGUACACGCUUCAGAAGCUGGUGGAGGAGCCGUUGGGCGCUGUCGCAUCCCAGCUUCGUUCGGCUCUAGACCCCAAAACAUCGAAUCUAGCUUACCACACGCGUGCCCUCGCAACCUUCCUCGACCGCACGCCAGACAAAAACAUCAUCUCCUUCACAGCGACGCUUGACCUCUCAGCGGACCUCAUGCUCAGUUCGUGGGCCAAGUUAAACUUUUAUGAGCUUGAUUUCAACCUUGGACUGGGCAAACCGGAGGCUGUGCGGAGACCGCAGUUUGACCCGGUCGAGAGUUUGAUCUAUUUGAUUCCGAGGACGCUGGACGGCGAGAUUGCGGUUGCGAUUUGUUUGAGGGAUGAAGACAUGGAGAGGUUGAGGGCGGAUGAGGAGUUUGCCAAGUAUGCGAGGUAUAUCGGAUAG